AUGGUUCUGCCUCUCAAAACCAUACUUUAUGCUCUUCGCCAGGGCUUCCCGCCCAAAUCCAAGUUUGCCACCAACCAGAUCCCUGACCUCACUGGGCGCAUCUUCGUAGUCACCGGGGGAAACGUUGGAAUAGGUCGCGAGACCAUCAAAGCCCUAUUGGAGCAUAAUGCGAAGGUCUACAUGGCGUCUCGAAGCCAGGAAAAGGCCGAGGCUGCGAUCAAGGAGCUGAAGGAGCAGACAGGGAAGGAGGCACUCUUCCUUCAGCUUGAUCUCGGUUGCCUUGCGUCUGUCCGGCGCGCUGCGGAGGAGUAUUUGAGGUACACAACACAUGUUAUCGCCUCGCCUUGUAUUAAGGCAAUUAUGCAUCACAGCAAAGAAAAGGAGCUCCAUGUGUUGAUCAACAAUGCUGGUGUCAUGUGGUGUCCGGUCGACCUUCUCACUGAGGAUGGAUAUGAUCUUCAAUUUGGAACCAAUGUUAUUGGACAUUUCUACUUCACUAAAUUGCUCAUUCCCGCUCUCACCGCGGGUGCUGAAUCGUCCGCGGACCACCGAGCACGUGUCCUUACCGUCUCGUCGACUGCCUCAUAUCAAUACACCCUCAACUGGGACUCUUUGAAAGACGACGCUGUGAGAAGGAAAGUAGGAACUAUGAUGCUCUACGCCCAGAGUAAAUUUGCAAACGUUGUAGUCGCUCGAGAGUUCGCUAAGCGUUACGCGGAUAAGGGAAUUUUCUCUGCCUCUUUGAACCCCGGUCACAUCCGGUCUGAACUAAACCGUUACGUUUCGGCUAUCUGGCGUAAGCUUGCGUACUAUUUGACUCUCCAUCCCACACCGUUAGGUGCGCUCACUUCGUUGUGGGCCGCCACCAUGCCAGAGCCACUGGACCAUAAUGGCGAGUUCUUUAUCCCGUGGGCCCGGUUCGGAGUACCCAGGACAGAAGCGUAUGACGACGAAAUCGGCGAACGCUUGUGGAAUUGGCUAGAGGAGCAAGUGAAGGACAAGUAG